AUGUAUAAUCUUUCAACAAAGGAUGAAUUCGAUGCAAGAGAAUCAAAGAAAUUUCAAUGCCGUAUAGAAGCCCUCACAAUGACACAAGCAUCUGCAAAGACAAUGAGAUGUGUGAAGAUCACCGACCGUUGUUAUUGGUGGCUUGCAGUUCUCACCCCCAUCUAA